GAAGAGCAAAGAAGAAGAAAUAAAGAAGUGUUUGAGAGCUGUCUUUCAAGCACACUUGCUCUCCUUUUUGGAACUUUUCUUGAAACCUUUGAGUUUUAUGCUCUCUAUGCUAGAAGAAUGUAUCCGGAAUCUGGAGAGACUUCAUGUGAGCAGAUGGCAUCCGGAAGCUCUAGUACUGAGCAGACGUCAUCUGAUAUUCUCAGCAAGAAAACAUCUCGCAGAAAAAUGCAAAAAAGUACAGAAAAACAAAGAAGUCACCACUGCUCUGAGUGCGGAAAGAGUUUUGUUGAGCAAUGUGAUCUCCAAACACACCAGUGCGUUCACACAGGAGAAUAUAUGUGUGUGGAGUGUGGGGAGAGUUUUAAUCGGAUGAGUAAUCUCCAAGUGCACCGACGCAUUCACACAGGAGAUAAACCAUAUCAGUGCUCAGAGUGUGGGAAGCGUUUUAAUGUACAGAGCAAUUUCCAGAGACACCAGCGUGUUCACACAGGAGCAAAACCAUAUAACUGUUCAGAUUGUGGGAAGACUUUUACUGCACAGAGCAGUCUCCAAAGACACCAGCGCAUUCACACAGGAGAGAAACCGUAUUAUUGUUCACAGUGUGGAAUGAAAUUUAACCAAAUGAGUCAUCUCCGAGAACACAAGCACGUUCACACAGAAGCGAAGCUGUUUCAGUGUUCCGAGUGUGGAAAGAGUUUCAGUCGAAAUAGCGUUCUCCAAAGACACCAGCAUAUUCACACAGGAGAGAAACCAUAUUCCUGUUCAAAGUGUGGAAUGAGUUUUACGGUGCAGAGCAGUCUCCAGGAACAUGUGCGCAUUCACACGGGAGAGAAACCGUUUCAGUGUUCUGAGUGUGGAAAGAACUUUAAUCGUAAGAGUGUUCUACAAAGACACCAGCGCGUUCACACAGGAGAGAAGCCACAUUACUGUUUAGUGUGUGGAAUGGGUUUUACAGUGAAGAGCAGUCUCCAAAGACACCAGCGUAUUCACACAGGGGACAAACCGUAUAAGUGCUCAGAAUGUGGGAAGAGUUUUUCACAUAGUGGUUCCCUCAAAAAGCACCGGAGCCUUCACACAGGAAAGAAAACUGAGCAGGGGGUCAUACAUUUACACUGUACUUCAACUUCCUUAACCUCCCAACAGCAGAUAAACCAGAAGCAGCGAAGUGGAGAGGAUAAAACUGAUCUUCCAGACCAAAGUUUUUGCGCCACAUCUUUUUUGACAAUGAGUGAGUUUACAUGCACUCAAUAAUCUGCAGUUAUCCGAUUAUUAAAAUGGUCAUUAUUCAUGGUAAACACCAUCCUCCGGUCUAGAAAUCUGAUUAAGAAAUUCAACAAGGAGAGCUGGAUUUUAGCUCAGUCAUCAGAUUUCUCAGUGCAUGUAAACUCUUACUCAGAUUUCUUUUGGAUUUCUCAGUCUGUGCAUGUGAGAAAACAGACUGCUGUACUGGAAAAUAAGCAGCAAACGCUUCCACAAGAUGUCAGCCAAACACUUUUGGGGCGACACUGAAACCAACUACAUUCUUGCCGAAAUGAAAGAUUUAAAUAGUUCUCAUCUUCUAAACGAUAUAUGUUCAUAUUUUCAGGUAAAGUGGUGCAAAGGUUUUUUAAAAAGACGCAGCAUUGAGUUUGAGUUUAUGUUACGUUUACGUAACAUCUUCUGUGAGUUUAUUGGCUCGUUGUAAAGCAGAAAUCCGAUUAUUGUCUGACUCAUGUAGACCCUCAGUUUCCCAUGAUCUGAUUACUCAAGUGCAUAUAUACGCGUUGAUUGAAUUAGUGUCAAAAUCUGAUUUUCUGCAGUUAUCGAAUUGCAUGUAAAUGCACUCACUGUCAAUUGGAUACUGUCAGUGCAAAGUUGUUACAAGUAUUUUUGUAUGACUGAUUUAUAAUUACUGAUUUAUUAGUAUUAGUUGAGGAACAAUAUCAGAAUUAUGCUAUCUGACUGGGUAAAGUACAUUAUUAAUCACCCUUUUAGCAUCUGUUUUGCAGCAUUGUUUUUAACAUGGUGUUACUAAGCUUCUAAAAAUAAAGUAGUUUAGUGUUUGGAACUCAGAGGUUCAUCUAAAAUGAACAGAUAUCUAGUAAAUUAAAGGUUUGAAUUUGAUCAUGCUUAUGUUCGCUGUUCUAUUUAGUGGUCAAAAUUCACUUUGCCAUGUUAGCUGCAGUCUCUUUUCAUUAAUAUUUAUUUUAAUGCAUUUUUUUUUCACAUGUUCUUUUUGAUUUGAUUUCAAUUUGAUUCAUAAAACAGUUAUAAUUGUGUUUACAUAAAUUUAAUAUCUUUUUUAUAGGGAAUGUUAUGACUAGCCCCUCAGUAUGUUAAAAUUAACCUCAUUUUCAGAUGGGCAUUAGCACUGAAAAUGGUGAAGGUUCACAAACCGAUCUCCUGUAGCAGGUCUGGCUGCAUCAUUUUUAAGCAAACAAUUUUAGUGAUUCAACAUGAUAUUUUGGUGCCCUCUGAGACAAACAUACAGAAGAACUGUUGUGGAAAUAUUAAAUAUAAAGUUUGAGCUCAACAGCUGUGCAAAUACAAGUCACAUAUAAAUAUUGUACUCUUUUCUAAGUGUGUUAAUUUGUCAAAAAUCUGUUCCUUACCAUUCUCAGAUCAAAAGGUCAGUGUGAGUUGGCAACUCUUUUUGAGACUUCACAUCUAUUUUAAAUAGAGGCCAUUCUAAAAACUUUACCCAACUUUACCCAUCUAAAAGACCUUCAUUCCACAAUUUAAAAUGCAAACUUAGAGAAUUGAUUGUUGAAUUGAUUGCUGAUUGUCGUUGCGAACAAUGAUAAUUUACACAUUAAGCGUUCAGAAUGGCUAAUUUCACCUCAAGAGUUUGCAUGUACAUAUCAUUUGUGUCACAUUUUCACUCAUGCUACAUUUGUGCAUGUAUAUUUGUAGCACAGAUGUGUAGGGUGCUUGUAGGGCUAUAGUCAAGACCAUGGAUGUUGAGUUCAAGACAAGUCCAAGACUUUGAAUAGGUGAGAUUAAAAAGAGUCCAAAUUAGAGUGAAACCAGUUCAAGACCAAAAUGCAAUAAAUCUCUUCAAGACCAGCCCUUAAUUAAUCUUUAUCUGAGAAAAAUUUAAAUUCAAGAUAUCUCCUGACUCUUUUCUGACAGAUAUGAAAAUCAAACUGAAGCCUUUAACAAGAUGAACUGUUUCAAUCAAUAAUGCCCCCCAUCUGACAUCAAGAACCCUUCCUGUACUUGUACCUGCUUGGAUCUGUUUGAAGAGUGUAUAAAAUGUAAUAUACAAUACAGUGUAGUUUAUACAGUUGAUUUGUGAAAUGGUUCAUCUCUGUGCAACACUUUACUGCCACAUUCAAUGCUAUCCAAUCAAAUCUUGGAAACGUUUCUUAAACGACUUUAAACCCCAGCCUUCCUACCUAACAUAACUAAUCACACUGUAAAAAAUGGCUCAUCAGUUCAACCUAAAAAUGUACUUAGUAGUAACAAGAAACUGAACUACUUUUAUUCACUCAAAAAGUUACUUUGAUUGAAAGUUGAAAUUACUACUAUUAUUUCUUAAUGUUGAAUUGGCAAGCCAUGUUUUUACAGUGCAGUUCUUUAGCAAACAAUAUUAAACUUACAAACACCAUUAGCUAGCCAGGUGCAAAUCUGUGCCUUUGAGAACAUUUUAACAACAAUUUGUACAACACUAAAACAUCAUGCAAAGCUGCCGAAUUCAGUGAAAAGCCCUUUAUAUGGAAAAGGACUACAGUAUGAAAAAAAUGUUUGAUUUAGAUUCUGCAGUCGUGACAGCUACAAAGUUCACUACAGACUUCUGCGAGAGAAUGAUUUAAAUUACUUAAGAUUCAACAGGAUAAAUAAUGGCAAAUAUUCUAGGCUACUUGUUGAGGUAUAAUGACAUUUAAACAAAUUAUUAACCUACAACGUCACAAGAUCAGUAGAAUGAUCUGAGGAGGACAGUUUAAACAUUCAGCGGCAAAAAGCUAAUGAACUAGAGGGAUUUCACAAACAUUUUAUAUGAAACUGUUUACUUUCCCAUCAAAUUAAAGCACAGCUGCUCAGCUCUGUUUGCCCAUGAGAUAAACUGAAGCUGUUAAAACGUGGCUCUGGUUCACUCCAAUCCCAUGACCCAUUUAAGUUUCUUGAGUGUUGAUAAAGGCGAAUUUGUGGGACUAAGAAGUAAGACCAUUUUUUUUUACCUGUAGUUAGCUAAAUUUGGUGAGACCGGUAGCUGAGACAGAGGUGGGUCGAAGUACAAACACUACAGAAUCCAAGACAAAUCUGAGACAAAAAAAAGGUCCUGAGACCAGACUUAAGUACUACAGCUCUACUCGAAGUAUGCAAAGAUGUAAGCAAAUUGUUAAAAUUCAGAGUACUGCUUGCCACCCUGUGAUCAUUUUCUUUACAAGAAUUUUGAGCUCUACCGUUGGACUUAACACUUAUGAGCCUUUGCAUGUAUUUUAAUAACAUCCAUGUUUGUAAACAUUGAUGUUUAGGAAUGUAGAUUCUUUAAAACCCAGAUCAUGAACAUGUUAAUUGUGAUGUAUUUGAUCUGCACACA